AUGAAUUUGUCACACAAGUGGUUCGAACGAGAUAAAUCAAUGGAUGCACAACGACGUUUCCCAGGAACUGGUCCCAUAUUACCUGAUUUGCCACGAUCUCCUCAACCGCCAAUUAUUGCAUCCCCAACUUCCUCUCAGCUUGUACCUGUUGAUGCACGUUUCCCUCCUUCGAUGUUACCUCCAAUAAAUGCUCAAUCUACUCCAAAUCCGACAUUAUUACCUCUACGAACAGGCAUUCCAGCGCCAAUGUUUGAUGAUUCGUUAAAUCAAUCUCUCUAUAAAGUAAAGCAAUUAGAAAGUCGUUUGCAAAUGACAGAAAUUUCGAAUCGUGCGUUGCUUGAAGAAGUAAUCCGCUUACAAACUGAAUUAUUCAACGCUAUACGACAAAGCCAAACAGUACUUCAAGAAGAACGUCUCGCGCGUCAACAAAUUGAGAACAAUAUUCGCAUCCAAAACGAUGUUAUACUACAACUAACAGCACGAAUCAAACGAAACGAAAAUACAUUUAUUGAUGAACAUCAAGCAUCGUUAACUGCCACGGCAAGCGUUCGAGGACUUGAACAACAGCUUAUUGCCAUGCAAAAAGAUAAUUUUCUUCGGCGUGACACGCAAGCAAUAAGCGUCGAAGGUAUCCGUAAACAAAUCGAUGAGAAUAGUUUACAACGAGAACAGUUAGAAAAGACACAAGUACACAUCGGAGAAGAAAUUCGAGCUACUCGAAGUCGUCUAGAACUUGAUUCAGCUAAUAUCAAUCUAUUAACCAACGAAGUUAGACAAAAGACGAGAAAACUAGAAGACGAUCAACGGUUAACCAACGAUCUUGUCCGAAAACAACAAGAAACAAUGAAUGCGGGUGAUCUCCUCUUCAAUUCAUUUCGUGCAGCAACUGAUCAAAAGUUAAAUGAAUAUCGAGAUUUAUUCAACGAAAUUCGGACGCGUUUAGAUUUCGAACGCGAAGAUCGUCGUCUGGUCGAGACUCAACUUACUUCAAAAGUAAGUGAUCUUCAAUCAUCCAUCAACUCGACACGUUCGACACAAACUGAAAUCGUAAAAACAAUGGAGAAUAUGCGUCGAGAAAGUGUGAAUCAAGUCGAGCAGACUCAAGUGCGAUUACGGCAAGAGAUCAGUGAUACGAAUGCUCAAACCAUACAACGAACAACGGAUAAACUAGAGCGUUUACGUGAUGAAUUUGAAUACAAAGCGAAAGACAUUGAAAAGAAUCAGCAAAUUGAAAAUGAACAACGACAACGACAAUUACAAGCCUUUCAAAGCGAUAUCGAACAACAAAUGGAUGUAUUAAAAAGUACUACACAUGAUGAACAAUCGAAAAUUUAUAAUGAAAUGAGGGAUACAACUAGAAAGAAUGCUGAAUCGUUACGCAAAUUGAACGAUGGUAUUACUCUAAUCGAACAGCAAACAGAUGAAAGUCGACGCAAGAUCGAAAAAGUACUCGAUGCAGAAAUCAAAUCGCGUAAACAUCAGUACAAAGAAUUAGCUGAUAACAUCACCAAAUCCGAAGAAAAAUCUGCUCAUCAACUCACUGCCAUUCAAUCAUCGAUAAAUAAUAUCAACACACGUAUGGCAGAUCUUCGCGACUUAAGUACUAAACCUGAAAUAAUCAAUAUUAAUCGACGACUGGAUACAAUUGAACAUUCUCAACGAGAAGCCGAAGGAAACAUUCAUGCAAUAAAUAACAAUCUAGGAGAUAUUGUCACACGACAUACAGCUACAGAUGCACGUGUACAACAAAAUGAAGAUAAAAUCAAAGGUGGUGCUCAAGCAGUUCGCGAUCUUACAACUCGUGUUUCAUCGUUGCCUACUACUGAUGAUCUUGCAGCCGUUCGACGUGAUCUCAAUGAAAAAAUUCGCAAUGAUCUUCAAAAAUCUAUUCAACAACAUGAUGAAAUUACAUCUCAGACCUUCACUAAACAUGAACAACGUGUCAAUAGUUUACGUGUUGAUUUGAACCUUUUGGAAGAACAAAUGACCCAACGUAUAAACAAUACUGAACAACAACUUUCCAAUCAAAUGCGUGACAAACAAACUGAUCUUGAUAUGUGGCGACGAGAUGUCGAUCAAAAGAUGGUUCGUUUAAUGAACUUAAGAGAAACCAUGCCACAAGAGAUAUUCAAUCUGAAUGAGAAAAUCGCAGCCACACGACAAGAGUGUAUGAAGUUUUGUCAAGAAGAACACUUUCGAAUGAAAAGUGAUAUGGAACGAAAUACUCGAAAAGAUCAUGGUCUCACUCAACGAUCUGUACCUAUCGCGCCGGCGAGUAAACCUACACCACGGGAUGACGAUUAUGAUGAUGAUAGUGAUUAUAAAAAGAAAUUAAAAAAUGAUGUUGAAGAGGUUUUAUACUCACAACUAUUUGCUUCACUCGAUUGCUUGUUGUUUAUUUUGAUGAUGAAUUCAUGCAUUACUACUAUCUGUGGACUUCUAAUAACUUAUUUAACAGUACUGACAACAAUAAUUUACGGCGAAAGCAUCCAUGGUGUACCACUGACAAAAGAUGAAGCUGUUGCUUUAACACGUGAUCACUUUGGUCGUGUCGAACCUGAUUCUUUAAUGAACGGAUUUUUUCCUGUUUGGGCAGUUAUUCAAUUGAUACUUGCAGGUAUAUUCAUCGUUGUUUUUCUUCUUGGUGUACUCUGCUAUUGCUUGGGAUUUCGAGAAAAGAAGCCCGAAAAAGUAACGGAUGGAGAAGACCAAGCAAAAGAGAACUUGUAUACGAAAAAAUAA